GCGGCUCCCUGUUGUAUCUGGGGUAGGGUGAGUGGGUGUGUAGGGAGGAGGGGGAGGCUGAUUUGGCACGCCCUUGAAGUGGGGAGGAUUGAGAUUCGCCUGUUUUCCAGGGCUCAUCGCCCCAAGUGUAGCAACUUUUUGUUCUCUGACCCAGUUCGGAGGCUCCUAGACUGCUUGUGAAAUGGAGGACAGGAGAAACGUUUCCUUCCCAGCCAUACUCAGAAAACCAGCCAGGAAAAUGAGAACUCGAGUCCUCAGAGGUUCCUGGUGUUGCGUCCUCCAUCUGAGACUUCUAAACUGAAAGAAGACUCAAGAUGAGACCUACUUGCUAUCUCUGACGAGCACAAAUCAGAAAACACCAUGCCUCCUAAUAAAGAGGCCAGCAGUCUUAACAGCUCACCAGCGGGCCUCAUCUGCCUCCCUCCAAUCUCUGAGGAGCUACAGCUUGUGUGGACCCAAGCAGCUCAGACGAGUGAGCUGGAUGACAAUGAACACUUGCUACAGACUUUCAGCUACUUUCCCUAUCCCAGCCUAGCAGACAUUGCCCUUCUCUGCCUGCGUUAUGGGCUACAGAUGGAGAAAGUCAAGACUUGGUUCAUGGCCCAGCGCCUCCGCUGUGGCAUCAGCUGGUCAUCUGAGGAAAUAGAAGAGACUCGAGCCCGAGUAGUGUACCAUCAGGACCAGCUCCAUUUCAAAUCUCUUCUCUCUUUUACUCAUCAUGCAGGGCGGCCCCUGGAGGAGAUACCUCCUUCUCUUAGCGAGCCCACUCAGAUGAAAGGAUUGAAGGUAGAGCCUGAAGAAUCCUCUCAGAUACCACCAAUGCCACUGAGUCACCAGAAAGUAAAGGAGCCCUUGAUGGCACAUGGCAGUAGGGCAUUCCCUCAUCAAUCAGAUUUUUGGCAGGAUCUUCAAAGUAGUAGUCUCUCUAAGGAGCAGGCAGGCAGGGCUCCUGACCAGUCACAUGGCCUAGGCACUGCUUCCUGGAACCACUCCACAGCUGCCCACCAGCCACGUGCUUCAGAGAAGCCCUCACCAUUCUCCUUACUUGCCAGUAGUUGUAAGAAGGAGUCAGCAUCUAGAGUGACUCCUUCCUCUUCCUCUACCUCCUCUUUCCAGGUACUAGCUAAUGGAGCUACUGCUGCUUCUAAACCCCUCCAGCCACUGGACUGUGUCCCACAGCCACUGUCACCCAAUGAGCAGACACUACCCCCACAUCUGGAGCCAGCCUGGCCCCAGGGGCUACAGCAUAACUCAGUACCAGGUAGGGUUGGCCCUAUGGAGUACCUUUCUCCUGAUAUGCAACGCCACCAGCGAAAGACCAAGCGCAAAACCAAAGAGCAGCUGGCUAUCCUCAAAUCCUUUUUUUUACAGUGCCAGUGGGCACGGCGUGAGGAUUAUCAUAAAUUAGAACAGAUCACUGGUUUACCUCGGUCUGAGAUUAUUCAGUGGUUUGGUGAUACACGCUAUGCCUUGAAGCAUGGGCAACUGAAGUGGUUUCGGGACAACGUAGUACCUGGUGCCCCUAGUUUCCAGGACCCAGCAAUUCCCACACCAUUACCAACAGCCCGCUCCUUGAAUGAAUGGGCUGAGACUCCACCUCUGCCUAUCCCCCCACCACCACCGGAUAUACAACCCUUGGAGAGGUACUGGGCAGCCCACCAACAGCUACAGGAAAGUGAUAUUCUUCAGCUGAGUCAGGCGUCAAGACUUAGCACUCAGCAGGUACUGGAUUGGUUUGCCUCUCGAUUACCUGAGCCAGCUGAGGUGGUAGUUUGUCUAGAUGAAGAAGAAGAAGAAGAGGAAGAAGAACUGCCAGAAGAUGAUGGGGAUGAAGAGGAGGAGGAGGAGGAAGAUGACAAUGACAACGAUGAUGAUGUGAUCAUACAGGACUGAGUGGGGGUGGCUGGGGGAAGGGAGUCUUACUAAAAGAUGAACUAAUUUAGUAACUGUUUAAACAAAGAACCCACCUUUUUUUAAAUUACCUUCUGGCAAAGAACUGAAAAGCUUUGUGUUCUUGGUGGUGGAGGAUGGGGAUGUAGCAAGGGUGGAGCUGGGAGGAUGACCACAGGGCACAAAUUUGAGGUGGGGAUUAGAUGGGCAGAAAUCCAUGUCUCUAACCUCAAAAGAGAGUGCUAAGGAUCUGGUUCAAUUAAUGGGCUGGGAAACAACUCUUGCUAUCCUCGUAUCUGCUGCUCUUUUCCCUUAGUUUACUACCCAGACCUUGGCCCUACAUCUAUAGGAGGACUGGAAAGGAGGAGUAAAAAAUUGAUGACUCCAGUGCUUCUGCCAGUCCCACCAUUUUCCCUGGAAUAUGCGGCUGCCUUGCAUCCCUCCCUUCUCUUUGAGCACAAGUCCACGGACGAUGCAGCUAAGAAUCUCAACAUAUCCCUGUCUCUUCACAAAUCUUUCUUCUUCCUCCUAACAACCUGACUUUGUGUUUUACCUGUUUCAUUAUUGAGUCACACAGGUAGCACAAUGUUUUCAUUUCUGAUACUGGAAUGCUGGGGCCACUUUGCCUUGUACCUUUUAUCUUUUUCCAAAAUCCCCUCUCUGUUCACUGUUUGUCUCAGGGUAAAUCUCUACUGAGCUUGUGAAAAAGUUUAAUAACUGGGUGGGGAAUAAUUUAGACUGGAUAUUUAUUGGAGGUGGGAAUUAGGGGAGAUGUCCUUAAAAAAGGUAGAAUUACGUUAGAGAGGGAUGGAGGCGAGGGGUGGUUUCCACUGGUAAGAACAGUGGAGGUAGGCUCCAGGUUUGGUUUUACAAUCCUGAUAUUAUCUCCUGCCCAGCUUGCCAGAGUCUGGUUUUUCAUCUUUUUGGUGUUGGCUCAAUUCUGUCCAGAAAAGAGACUUUUCCCUCUUUUAUAGUGUCUGUCUUGAGAACAGAGGGACAAAUGUCUUUAACUGAAUUAUUGUUUUAGAAUGGUUUUCAACAGUUGGGGUCAGAUGUAAAGCAAAUAGAUAUCAAUGGAUAAUUUACCAUCUAAAAAGAGUGGAAGCCCCAAAUUGCUAGAAUAGUAAUAAUAAAAAGGCCAAAAAUAAAAUUGUUUCUCUCUCCUCCACUUUGCUACAUUAAUAUACUUAAUAUACUUUUUUUGUUAAAACAGUCAUUUAACAAAGUAGACUGAUGAAUUAAAGGAAUUCAAAGAGUACAAGGGAACUGGAUUUGUUGGCAGCUUGAAAUACUAUACAGCUCAGACCCAAGCCCUUUAGAGAGAAUUUUCUAAAUUGGGAUAUUUAGGAAAUUAACAUCUGACUUCUGGAACUAGCUAAGAUUCAGUCUUCACUCUGGAUGUACAGUGAAAUUAAACCUGAACGUCUUCCCAGCUUAGCAUACUUUUUAAGUUUUUUUCCCCCCUUUUUUGAAGGGGUACGACAUGUUGAAGUACAUUAAAACAAAAACUGUUUAAAAGGCAGUAAGUCAGCAUCUGUCACCAGGCAGAUUGUUUUCCAGUCAUCUGAUGGUAACGAUUAAAAUUUCUAAGGCUUCAUCAGUGACAAACAUACAACAGUCUUGGAGGUGACUCCACCUUGUCCAAAAGAGAAAGUGUCUAGGAAUGGCAUUAAACAGUAAAUUCAGAGUAUCAGAAAGGGCAGUGGGAUCCUACUUCAGCUGCUGGAUCCCCAAGACCUGCUAAUGGCAGACACCUGCUAUCAUGUUUUUUCACUAUUUUUGCUUAAGGCCUGCCUGCCAGUGACAUACCCAUUUAAUCCCUUCGUUUCUACACCUUAUUACCCAAAGUGAAAUAAAGGUUUGACUUAUCUCAAUAGCAGUGCUUGCUCAUUCCACCAUUCUAGAGCCUGAAAUAGCAGUAGAGUUGUAGUAGCAGUUAAAGGGCAGCCUCUUUAUUUUAUUAGCCACAUACUUUAGUAAACUGUUAUCAUUUUGAUAGAAAGGCAAAUCAACAC